AAAUGCCCACUGAUGAUACUGCAAUUACUAAUACUAUGUUCAAUUUCUCAAGAAUAAGUGGCUUUCCGAAUGUCAUUGGUGCAAUAGACGGAACACAUAUUGGAAUUAAGUCUCCAAGUUUUGAAGAAAAUGUCUUCGUGAACAGGAAAAAUUAUCAUUCAAUUAACACCAUGGCUGUGUGUGAUGCCAAUUUAAAGUUUCUCAAUGUAGUAGCAAAAUGGCCAGGGUCAUCACAUGACUCAUUUGUUUGGAACAAUUCUACACUCUGUCAAAUUUUAGAAAAUAAGAUAAUAUCAAGAGGGUGGCUAUUAGGUGACAGUGGUUAUCCCCUUAAACCAUAUUUACUCACACCUGUUCUAAAUCCAACCACCGGUAAAGAAAAUGCCUACAAUACGGCUCAUAUGAGAACAAGAAACGUCAUUGAAAGAUGCUUUGGUGUAUGGAAAAUGCGAUUUCGUUGUGUGGACACAUCAGGUGGUACACUUCAGUUCUCACCUAAAAGAACCUGCAAUAUUAUAGUUGCAACUGCAGUUCUACAUAAUAUAUGCAUUGACAAUAGAGUCCCAAACCCAGUUGGAAGAGCCGUUGUUAAUGACGGAAAUGACAAUGUGUAUCGUGGGACAUUGAAUGACGGAUCAGAAGUUAGAAGACGAUUGAUUGAUGCUAGGUUUUAAAUAACAAUAUCUUCUAUUCUUAUAUGUACAUCAACUCAUAUAGAGUAACCUGUGAAAAGUAUUGUGUGCAAAGUAAAUAAGAAUAAAUAGAUAUAAAGUAAAUAUUUAUUGUUGAGAAGAAAUAGUGGCAUUGGAAAUAAUGCCCAGCUGACAGAGUUUUAUGCUGUGUUUUUCCUGCUCUAGCUGUAGUCGUGUCCUUUCUAUAGUUAGCCUUUGUUCCUCGACAUUUAGUCUUUUAAUUUCCACAUCAAGUCUCUUCUUUUCUAUAUCCAGUCGCUCCUUUUCAAUAUCAAUCAAGUCCAGCGAAUGUGAUUUAA